CAAUGGGCCAGGCUCACCUAACCCACUCAGCCGAAGAUCCCCCCACAGGUCUCAUCCGGAGUCGUCGCCACCACCACUCCCUCGCCCAGCCACCGCGAUGGCGCAGAUCAUCGACGGCAAGGCCAUCGCCGCCGACAUCCGCCGCGAGGUCGCCGCCGAUGUGGCCGCGCUCUCCUCGGCCCACGGACUCGUGCCGGGGCUGGCCGUGGUCAUCGUGGGGAGCAGGAAGGACUCGCAGACGUACGUGAACAUGAAGCGCAAGGCGUGCGCCGAGGUCGGCAUCUGCUCCAUCGACGUCGACCUCCCCGAGGACAUCUCCGAGCCCGCGCUCGUCGCCGAGGUUCAUCGCCUCAACGCCGACCCCGCCGUGCACGGGAUCCUUGUCCAGCUUCCACUUCCUAAGCACAUCAAUGAAGAAAAGAUACUGAACGAGAUCAGCAUUGAAAAAGAUGUUGAUGGGUUUCAUCCUCUCAAUAUUGGCAAGCUUGCAAUGAAAGGCAGAGAGCCACUGUUCCAACCAUGUACACCAAAGGGAUGCAUGGAGCUCUUGUCAAGGAGUGGAGUCACUGUUAAAGGUAAACGGGCAGUUGUGGUUGGACGCAGCAACAUUGUCGGGUUACCUGUAUCCCUGCUUCUUCUGAAGGAAGAUGCGACUGUAUCUAUUGUGCACUCACGGACCCCUGAUCCAGAAAGCAUUGUACGCGAAGCUGACAUAGUCAUUGCAGCAGCUGGGCAGGCUAUGAUGAUCAAAGGGGAUUGGAUCAAGCCAGGUGCUGCGGUCAUCGAUGUUGGGACAAACUCUGUUGAUGACCCUACCCGGAAGUCUGGGUACCGACUUGUUGGCGAUGUAGAUUUUGCAGCAGUGAGCAAGGUUGCUGGUUACCUGACUCCGGUUCCAGGAGGCGUUGGCCCAAUGACGGUUGCUAUGCUGCUGAAGAACACGGUGGAUGGGGCAAAGCGGGGAAUAGUCGAGUAGGGCUUUCAUCUCAGUUCUGAUUGCUGUACAACCUGUAUUGCAAGGAUGUGAACUGACUGAAAAAGUGUGUUGAUGUAACAAUUUGUUCAUCAUUUUGGCUGUUUUAACUCCCCAAGAAUAAGAAUAAUAGUCAUAGUCAUAGCAGCUUUCCUGUUUAAUAAAUGCAAUGGAAAAAAAAAGGGUUGCUGGUUU